AUGGAAAUAACCAAGAAAUCUAGGAUGAGGGACGCCGUCCUUGUGCUCUUACUGGCUGUUCUUCAGGGAUUUCGACUAGUAGACGCUUUUCCAAACCCAUCACCUCUCCUGGGAUCCAACUGGGGGAAUCCGAGAAGAUACGUACACCUGCAGACGUCUUCAGACGUGAACAAUUUCUACCUUGAGAUCAGUUUAAAUGGCCACUUGCGCAAAACCACACUUCGAAGCUCAUACAGUAAGUUCUUAUUACGUUAUUGGCGUUUGUUUUAAUUGAAAUUUGGUUUUAAUUAUUUGGCUUUAAUCUGCUUCUAUAGGCUAACACAAUUCAUUUCGUCAACAGGUGUGAUUUUAUUGAAGGCGGAAACAAGAGAUCGCGUGGCGAUACUUGGAGUCAAAAGUAACCGCUACCUGUGCAUGGAUGCCCUGGGAAACCCUUUCAGCUCUGUAAGUAAAUGCCAAUUUGUAUUACCCAUUGGAUUAAAAUACAUGUUUUCACAUUUUGAAUAAUACUCGUGAGAGAAGUUUCCUCAUUUGAGCUCUUUCUGUCACAUGCCUAACAAAAAUGCGCUUUUACGCACGGAUUUCAGACCACUUUAUCUAAACAUACAGCCGAUAUAAUAUCAAUUUUUUACAUUGGUCGAAGUGUUCUUGUGUUUAGUACUUCAGUAACACUUUGACAAUUAAGUUAAUUGAUGUACGUUUCUAAAUGGUCAGUUUGAGUAAAUUAAUACAUGUAUCUGUUUACAGACUGUUUGCCACAAGGAAGACUGUCUUUUUAACCACAAGCUUUUGGAAAACCACCGCAACGUGUACUACUCUUGCAGAACUGGUAUUCUGCUCAACUUGGAAGGGAUAAAGCAAGUGUACACGGUGGGUCAGAAUCUACCACAAACCUCCCUCUUCUUGUCGGAGAAGAACACUGUGCCCCUGGAGCGCCUCUUGCACCGGGAGAAGAGACACCGGGUGGUUGACCCUUCUGAUCCGUACAACAUUCUGGGUAAAACGGAGGAGGAUGAGGACUCCCGGGCUAUGCAGGAGCUGGAUGACAUCUUGGAGAUGGACCAGGAGACUGAACUCCCCGAGGGACGCAACAUCUCCCGGGAGACCCCUCAGUCUCUCUCCGACGACCCGUGGAACGUGCAUUCCCUAAACCCCCCUCCCAGCCCCCGUAUCAUGAAUGGAAUGAUGGGAUAA